AUGGGACGCGCGCUGCGAGGAUUGGUGCGCGGCGCGGGCGACGCGGGCGUCGCGGACGACGCGAGCGGGACGCGAGGCGCGAGGCGGUUCACGCGGGAACAGCGCGAGCGAGAGAAAAUGAGCGGGGUGACGACGACGCGCGUCGGCGCGACGCGAUGGGACGAUGGUGAGGCGGAGAGCGACGGCGCGGCGCGAGGGACGUGGUUCGCGGGCGCGGCGGAGAGUUUGGCGCGCGUGGGGUCGACGGCGACGGAGACGAACGCGAACGCGGCGCCGAGCGCGAGCGCGAGCGAAGACGUCGCGCGCGACGAACUUUUCGAGCGUCGCGCUUCGUCGGAGGCGCGCUCGGCGCCCACGGCGGCGGCGGGCGAGCGCGCGAGGCGCGUCGACGCGAUGCGCGGCGCCGACCGGCUCGACGCGUCGUCGGACGUCUUGUCCGAGUGCGCCGACGUCCUCGCGGAGACGCAAGACGUCGGCGCGUCCGUGCUCGAGACGCUCGCCGCGCAGCGCGAGUCGUUGAUUCGCAGCGGCGCCGCCGCGCGCGGGGCGAAGAAGAAGAUGGACGAGAACCUCAAAAUCGUCAAGGGUAUGAAUUCGUGGACGAGACUGGGACGGUAG